AUGAGGCCAAUCAGCCGCACAGUCCACCCGUGCUGGUUCAAUGACGACCUACGAAAGGAGGUGAAGCGACUGACGGAGCAAGUCAACGAGCUGUAUGACACCAACUUGACCAAGCACGAAGUGAAGGAGCUGCGUGAGAUGACGGAGAAAUUGGAUGAGGCACACGAGCUGAGGGAGACCAUUUUGGACACGGUGGUGGGACGCAGGCGUGAUAAGUAUUACUAUACGAGCGAAAGUGAGAUGACGGCGCUGGCGGACAGGCUGAAUGAGUUGUGCGACAAGCUGACCAAUACCGCAGACAACCUGUCUACGCUCUCAGACACGCUCGUGGAGAAGGGAGUCAUCGAGAGCGACGAUCUACCUUAUUCGCUGCAGUAAAUGAGAGGCCCGAAGACAGGCAGGCAGUUGUGUGUUUGGCUCAUGUUGAGGUGUAACCUAGCUAAUCUUUGGCAGUAAGGUGUGCAUCUAUAGAUUAAUAAAUGAAAGCUCAUUUCAUUGCAUAGACACGAAGGACACACAUGGACUGUCCACUGUACAAGACCACCACAACAAAUAGAUGAAUGUCCGCGUAUAGGCUGCCAUCUCUGAGGUGGUCGGCCCCUCCUUCUCC